AUGGAGCCCGGCAGUCCCAAGAAGAUCCAGUUUGACGUCCCGCCACUGCAGGGACACUUAGACCCUCAGGCUGCUGAACACAUACGUCGCAGACGACCAACGCCUGCCACUCUGCAAAUAUACAGACAGCCUGAUGUUGGGGAUCAGAAUAACGCCAGCGGAGGCACUCAGUCUGCAGAAGGCGCUCAGAGAAAGCAGAGCAUCUUAGCACCGCCCACCAUGAAAGAGCUUCAGUUUGGGGGACAAAACCUCCCCGGGGGCACGGACAGUCAGUUGAGUCCAAUCACGGCACAGCUCUACUCCAGCUCCUUCCCUUGGGCCAAUCUGAAUGGGCCCGAAGAAGCUAACGGCAACCAAGCGGGCCUUUUUGCCAAUCAGCAGCAGGGCGUGCCGCAAAGCAACAGUACAGCGGGCAGGUCCCAAUAUACUGUACCCGAAGAAGAAGACCAGGAAGUGGACAUUUAG